UCUUCUUCAUUCAUCAUCCCGCUAACCUCCGCUGCAGCCACCGCCGGCAACGCCCCUUUCCGGCCGUCACAAGGCGGCGGUUUUCCUCACUUUUCAUCUUCCCGAUAAUUCAACAAUAGCAACAAAAAUGGUAAAACAAUAAUUAACCCAGAAAAUCAACCUUCAUCCUCAUCGUUUAACACCUUUAAUAUUAAUCUCAUAGGUAGAAUAAUUGUUCAUCAAGCCCAGAAAACUAACGAAACAUAAAGAGAGGAUGUGAAGGAAUUGAAGGAAGAACUAUACAAACCAUAUCUAGAAAUCUAACAACUCAAAUUCUAACAACAUAUAUCUAGAAAAUAAAACAGUGGGGAUAAGUUUGAGGAAAGAGAUUGAUUUUGGAAUCGAAGAAAGCUUAUUUUUUUGAGGAAAUCAAACAUCUCAUGAGUUGAUUCUGGAAUUGAAGGUGAAGGUGAAUAUGUUGGUGGUGUAUUGAUGGGGUGGAAGGGAGAUGGGUGGAGUUUGAAAUUUGUGUGAUUUUUUUGUUUGAUUCGUGAAAGGCUCUAGAAGCUUCUCAACAGGAUAGUCGCCGCCUGUUUGCCGGAAAGGGGAAUCGCCGGCGGUGGCUGAUGCGGAGGUUAGCAGGAUAAUGAAUGAAGAAGAUGGAGAGACAAUACAGUGAGAUUGCAGCUUUCAUUCUUUAAUUUGUGUUUUUAAUUUUCAACCAUCAGAUUUAUUAUUGCCACAUGUCUUCAAUCUAAGAAAAGAAAAGGAAAAAAAGGAGCCUUAGGAAAAGGAGCAAAGCUGCUCUCGAGAUAAAUGGGGAGGACCGGUGCCACACAUACAAUCAUAUGAUAUAAUAGGUAUACUUACUUCAUCAAGAUGAAAUUCAACAUAAUAAGUUUGAUACUUGAUCCGACAAUAAUUAACGUAUUUCUCCAAGUCAGUUAUUGGAUUUGGAUCCAAUAGUGCUAUGUGUUUAAUAACAACAAAAAAAUCAUUAAUAAAUAUAAAACAGGGCGAGAAUGAUUAGUUAGAACAUAUAAAAGAGAGAUGAAAGCAAUAAAAAAACAUUUUAAACAACGUAGCGCAAGUUGAAUUUCCCUAUUUUGAUAAUCCAUAUUGACAAUGAAAACAUAAAACAAGUGAAACUUUAUCUAUAUAUUGAUGUGUUUUUAAUCAAUGUUUUAUUUUAAAAAAUAUGAAUAUGUAUAAAACGGAAAAAUAAUUAAAUAGUUUCACGAUCCCGACCAGCUACUUGUUGGGAGUAGGGGCAUCCAAGCUUGCCCAACCUAGACAUUGUAACUGAAAGUCCUGUCUACUUGUAGGCUUAGGGUAGUCCUCGAAAACCUUCUUCUUUUACUGGCUUGGGAAAGACCCGUAGGCUAUGGAUCCCACUGAUGGAAUGGGACUAUAACCAUACUAUAACACCGUACCAUCUAAGUAGUUUCGCCGUAGGAGUCAACCUCGCUUGAGUUGAGUUGAGAGCAAUUUCUUUCUAGUUUUGAAAAUUUAAUUUUUUAUUUUACUGAUUGCUCACAAAAACAAAACAGAAGGCUCAUAAUCUAUCUUUCCACGACUCAUUGAUAGCUUAAACUAAUUGCAGUGAUUCUCAUAAUCACAAUCAUAAUUUACUAUAUAUUCAAAUUCAAAUUCAAAUGCGUUACUUCUACAUUAUUAGAAAUCUAUGCACUGCCUUACGUUCACAUUCAUCCACCAAAUUCAACCCUCAUUCUUCUUCUUUUUCAUCUUCUUCUUCGACUCAUUCCAAAUUCGAUGUUGAUUCUAUCCUCUCAACUCUCAAACUUCUACGAAACUCUGAUUCAGAUGAAUUGCCUAAUGCGCUUUUUCAGCAGAUUUCGUCUAUUUUCUACUGUGGUGAGUCAGUCAAGAAACCUGCUUUCAAGGAAAUUGAUGCUGCAACUGAGUUUGAAAGAAUACUGAAUAUAUCGCAGUUGCCAAACAUACCUCAAAGCAAUAUAUCACUGCAAAGGAAACAGGCUUCUCGCGAAAAGAAAAGAAAAUGCACGUUCAACAUUACUCAAGAACACCGUUUCGGCCACUUGAUUGAAAGCUGUGGAAAGAUACUAGGAGCUGAGGCUACCCUUGAGCUGUUUGAUAAAGUGGGACGAAAACCAGGCGUGAAAGGAUACAAUUCAUUGGUAGAACUAUGCAUAGGUAAAGCCAGGGUAGCUGAGAAUAAAGACAUUGCAAUUGAAGAAAUGGGGAAGGUUUUUCACCUUUUUGAAUUAAUGAGGAAACAAGGUUUAGAGCUUGAAGAGCAGACAUAUCGCCCACUUCUUAUGUAUACAAUUGACAUGAGUAUGGUUGAAGAGUUUCAUUGUUUCUGUCACGCUAUCAAAGAAGAGGUUCCCAGUUCAACUGCAAGAUUGGGUUACUAUGAAAUGAUGUUGUGGUUAAAAGUUAAUGACGAAGAAAAGAUUCGGGGUCUUUGUAAUUUUAUUGCAGAGAAUGAUGGCGAGGAUACUUCAGAUUUACGAGAAAACUAUUUAUUGGCUCUGUGUGAGAGUGAACGGAAGGAGAAUAUUUUGGAGGUGCUGGAAAUCAUGGACAUAAAAAAGCUUUCAUCUGUUGAUUCUGUAGCAAAGAUAUUUCAGACCUUGGGAAGACUACUAUCGGAACCUGUUGCAGAGAAGAUCCUUUUGGACUUCAGAGCAAGUGAUCAUGAAGAAGAUAAUCUUACAAACUUCAUUUCUAGUUUUGUAGUCAGCAUUCCAGAUUUGUCGGUUGAGGAAAGCAUAAAAAAAUUCAAGGAUUUUCACGAAAGAGUAGAUGUUUUACCUUCCUCCUCAUCAUAUGAGAAGCUCAUUUUACACAGCUGUGCACUGCUCAAGGAGCACACUUGUUCCAAUGGAGAGUUGGAUCAAUUGCAUCUGCUACUCGAGGAACUAAAUGAUACAUCAUAUUGGAAUGAUGCUUGCUGCAGAAUCAUCUUGUGCUGUAUUUGGAAUAAGUGUUUAAGUUCUGCUAUUGACUUGUGUAAGCUCCUCAAGGAUAAGUUGCAAAUUGAUGAACUGGUUAUGAAAGUUCUCUUUGAUAAGGUAUUUUCUCAAAUUGAAGUCUCAGAGUCCAAUCAUUUGCAAACCUGCAUGGAGUUGCUUUCAGAAAUGAAGGAUAAGCUUGGCCUUUUGCCUUCACAAAAAUGUUAUGAUUCUCUAUUGGCUGCUGCAUGUGCAGACACCAAUGAUAAUUCACAAAAUGCUGAAUGAGGCUGCUUAGUAAGAGGGGUGUAUAUGUAAUAGUGCCCUUCAUAACUUUGCUAUUAACAACAAUAGGUGCUUAUAUGUACAUACAAAUUGGUUCCACAAUCAAAUUUCUAUAAAUUCUGCUAUAUAAAAUUCACUUCACACAAA